AUGUUUACAGGUUUCUCCGUUCGAUUAGCUGAUGGAGCUUCAGUUUAUGAAGGUCGUCUUGAGAUAUAUUAUAACGGAGAAUGGGGAACCGUUUGUGAUGAUAGAUGGGAUUAUGAAGACGCACAUGUGGUUUGUCGUGAACUAGGCUAUGGAAAUCCAGUGCGGACCCUCAUCAGUACUGGAUACCAAGGAUCACUUCAAAGCAUACUUUUAGAUGAUGUUGACUGCAUUGGUUGGGAGUCUAGUCUUUCGUCGUGUUCACAUUCAACCAUAGGUGUACAUGACUGUACUCACUCUGAGGAUGUUGCGCUUGAAUGUUCUUCAGAUUUAUCAACGGAGUUGUCAAUUCGUCUAGCUGAUGGACCUUCAAGCUCUCAGGGGCGUCUUGAAGUCUACUAUGGAGGAGAAUGGGGAACAGUGUGUGAUGAUGGAUGGGGUGAUGCAGAGGCGCGUGUUGCUUGUCAUCAGCUCGGUUAUGGGUAUCCAGUGCGGACCCUAAUCAGUUCUAUAUAUCAAGGAGCAUAUGACCAAAGCAUCUUUUUAGAUGAUGUUGACUGCAUUGGUUGGGAGUCUAGUCUUUCGUCGUGUUCACAUUCAACCAUAGGUGUAGAGGACUGUAGUCACACCGAGGAUGUGGCGAUUGAAUGUUCUUCAGUACGCCUUGUCGAUGGAAUUAAUGAAAAUAUUGGUCGACUGGAAAUUCUCGAUGGUGGUGUGUGGGUACAAGCUUGCAAGGGUUACUGGACUAACACCAAUUCGGAUGUUGCUUGUAGAGAGUUGGGCUACGACGGAGCUGAAACCUUGAUCGAUGGCGACAACAUCCCAGCUAGUUCAGGCUCAACGUCAUCUUGGUAUACCUUCGAAUGCAAUGGUUAUGAAAGUAGACUUCUAGAUUGCACUCAUUAUUUGUAUAACUACUGUUAUUAUGAAGAAGUAAAACUACAAUGUACAGAUGGCUAUGGCGCUCAGGGCGAUGUACGUUUCUAUGGAGGUUAUAACGGAGAUAAAGGGACUCUUGAAGCAUACCUAUAUGGCACUUGGGGUACCGUGUGCUCGGACAAUUGGAAUAACGAUGCAUCAGACGUUGUCUGCAGACAACUUGGUUAUGAUAGAGCUGAAGAAGGGUGGGACAAUUCGUACUCAUACGACGGAGCAUAUAAAACAAUCCAUACAUUUACGAUUGAGUGUACUGGAGAAGAGUCUCAUCUAAAUGAUUGUUAUUUCAACACUGACGACACUGCAAUUGGAUGUACAAAUGGUGUUGCACUAACGUGUGUGCAAGCAGGAUUAUCCGGUUUCGUUAUUGCAGCAAUCAUUGUUGGAAUCAUUGUUGUUGGGUGCGUCUUGGUGUGCGUGUUUUAUCACUGCUGUAAGCAAAAGACUCCACUACCUUCAAACGCAGUUGCUACCAGUAAUCCACCUGUAACCAAUGUUUCUCUACAAGUUCAAAAUAAUGGGUACCAGCCUAGUCCGAUUUAUCCUUCAGCCCCACCAUCGUCAUGGCCGUCGGCACCACCGCCCACAUAUAAUAGCGUAGUCAACAAUCCGAAUCCUUCGGCUUACAUAGCACCAUAUCCAGUGGAAACACCUCCACCAGCCUUCAUACCAUUCCAACCACCCUUGAAUCAGGGUGUUGACCAAACGACAUACGGUGGUGCUGAAAUGCACAAUAAUAUCCCGGGGGUUAACGUUUUAUACAAUCCGCCCCCACUCACCAAAUAAAACUUUUGGCACCAUUUCUUGUUGGGUUUAGGAUUUUGAAAGGGGGCAGCCGUUAUGUGAGGUACCUAGGACCCCGGAGUUGGGGGUGGGAGUAGCGGGCUCUAAAGGUUUUUAGGACUGUUUUGAGAUAAAGUGAAAAUUGCAAUAAUUGCAUCACAAAUAAUAUUAGUAAGUAGUAGGGGCCUAUAUUUUUCUUCUUUUUUUUUCCAUUAAAAAAAUUUAGGGGGGGUGUGGGGAGGGUGCCUUGAACCAGAUCACAUUCUAAAAACAAAUUUAUGCAUUUUCGCCUCAUCAGCAGUCACUAAGACAUACUUUGAGUCAGGUGUCGACUCGAUGAAGUUUAAAGCCCCAUUCCCGGCAAAAUUUCACUAAAA